GCUGAAAUUUGAAACACGCGACCAGGAAAAGCUGCUGAUGGUUGUACUGUGUACGUCGAGGUUUUACUGCAAAGUAUUUUGUAUUUCCCUUCAAUUUUCCAGUUUUACUCACGCUCAUUGAUUCUUUCUCUGGAAUUGCUUCCUUUGAAUGUCAAAGAAGUUUUGUUAAACGUAUGAGAAUGGCGUCCGCUACUGAGCCUCGUGGUAAGUAAUGAGCUUACAAAUCAAGUUUUUUGCCUAUGAACAAACAUUUAAGAACUCUCAAAGUAUUUCAACGCUUAUUUAUAUGCUUUUAAAAACUUAUCACUAAAUUAAUAUUUUUAAGAACAUUCUACCAGCGCUGGUGUCGCCUACGAAGUCAUAUUAAGUCCCAAGGUGGAAACUGCUAGAAAACCCCGCCUAACUCCUCUAAGAGGAAAAGAAAACAAGAAGCAAUUGGACGAAAGGAUGAAAGCAGCUGAAGAAAGAAGAAAGGUAAAAAUGAAUUAUUGUAAUGAAAUUUGUCGUACAUCAAUUGCAAGAACUAGUUAAACUCAAACUGCGGUUAGUCUUGAAGUAGAUACAAUUUUUAUCUUCCAAUCCUCUUCGUUGGCUUGCGACUGAAUUGUAAAAAAUACUAACCUUUUUACUGUACCACUCGAUCAAGCGAUCAAGCAAUUUAGCGUAAGUUAAAUUUAGCCGGAGCCGUAUAAUUUUUCAUAUUCGUGGGCCCCUUUUUAGGGAGGUAAGCUUAAUUUGACCUGCCGAACAGUCUGAAACUACAGUAUGCACUCAGGUGCACAUUCUGUGUAAGGGUGCAUUUGAGUUCUAUGCUUAUGUACUUGAUCAAGUGCACUUUAGAUUUUGCCUGGGAAAGGAGUUGAUGCCAAAAAAAAAGCCAGAACAGCGAACGUCUUUUGUGCAAAAUGUUUUUUAUUGUGUUGUUCAAAUCAUCAGAAACAUUGCAAGGAGAUCUGCAUGUCCCAUGCACUGUACAAAGAUGAACCCAGAGUCCUUAUGACGAAAUAAGCUUGUGACAUUAUUUUGGAUAAGUUCACUCUUAAGUGAGACCAUAAAAGCGUUAACGGAGACUGCACUUUGGAACUUGGGUAACUCAGUCAGUUUAUUAGUCCCUGUUGUGUUGUAAUGAUGGUGGUUUAAGUCCCAAAAGAGCCUAAAUGAUAGGCAUUCCUUGAGGCCUGUGGCUGAUUAAAGGCAAAGCUAUUGUUGUGGCAUUUGACAUUAGAGCCCGACUCCUAAUCUUGGGUAUUUUGUGGUUCUUGUUAUGGGCUGACCUUUAACAAGUUUGCAUUUUUCGUUGUUUAUCUGUCUCAUCAACACCAUCUUGAAUUACAUCAUGGGCAGACCAUGGUCACGUGUGAGGCGAUACAAAAAAGCUGGUGUACAGCAGAUUCACCUUUCAGCCAAAAAACUGCUUAACCAUGAAACCCAAGAUAUUGUACAGAUUCUUGAUGAGCGAAUUAGUGAACCGGUGUGAGCAACAAAUAAAACAGAGUUCUGGACUUUUUGUUGACACCCUGGUUAGCCACCCUUCCCCUGGCUCUUUCAUGCAAUAAUGGUGCAGCUUUUUUUCUGAUGUUUGUGCGACACACUUUGCGUUGUCAUAAUUUCUAAAUUAUACAACUUUGCAUUUCAUUCUCAAAAUCUCUUAACCUUCUUUGCCCAGUGACUGUGUAAUUUUCUUGUUCACUUAAGGUUUGAGAUAUUCUCGAAUACAAUUUUUUUUUGGAGAUUAGUAAAUUUACUCUGUUGCACUUCUGUUUGCACAUCCAAUCAAAAGAUACUCUAAUGCACUCUAUUAUCUAUUAUUACUACUUAUAAUUACACAGUGUUCCCCUUAUCAGGCAGUAACUGGUAAGAUUUACCGCUUGAAGCAACACUUCUCAUUGCCUGCAAACGCUUGUAAGUUGUUUUUAAAAAAAUACGGAAGUUGUGAUCGGAUCCAGUUCUCACAAGAAAAUCAAUGAAAAUAUGGAAAAUAUGGAAGUAUACACAGCUAUUGUCUCUGGGUACUUUACUUGAAAAUUGCUGACUUGUACCUUUCAAAUCACUGCAGGCUAGCAAUUUCGUUUUGAUGGGCUUCUUCAAUAAAUUUGUUUGAGCAGCAACAUUGACGCUUGUAUUAAUUUUGUUGUAGCUGUAAUUUCAUUACUCAUCAUGAAGCAAGAGCAGGCCAUGCUCCGUAUUUCAUUACUGAUGGGCAUGAUCAAAAGAUUUGGGGGGGGGGUUGAAAUUUUCUUUGCAAGGAUUUUUUUGGGUAGGAAAAUUUGGCAAGUAUUUUGUGGCUGGCUUGUUUUAAGUAGGCAGAUCCUUGAUUUUGUCACAACUGUUAUGGCGACUCCUGGGAAUCAUCUUGUGAAAAAUCAUGAGUCCCAGUCCAGAACCAUUUGAGUCCCAGUUCAAAAAACAAUGAGUCCCUCAUGGGUCUUUUGUAACCCCACUCCCACACUCUGUAUUACAGUUUACUGAAAUAAAAAUAGUAGCAGGAACGAAUCUAGGAUAAAUAUUGGCUGAUUUCCUAGACAAGCGCCAAGGCUUCUAGUGGUUUGGGGGCAUGCCCCCAUAGGAAUAUUUUUGGAUUUUAACUCCCUCAUUAGUCCCCUUUCCUGGCUUUCCAAGUCAUUCAGAGAGGAUGUUGGCCUGUUCCAUUCUCCUUGGAUGAAGCAUUUGUCCAAUCUAUUUUCCAGAUUUCAACUAUUUAAAACAUAUUUAUUAUGAAAAAUCUGACUGAUUUCCAUAAAACAGAGGAAACUGGUGUGGAUCGGCACCUGUUACUCCUUCUAUUGUACAGCAUAACAAAGACUAGAAGAAAUAAGCAUCACUUAACAACAGCCAAAAGAACAGCCACAGAAUUCAAACAAACAGGAUAUUCUUUUGCAUCUUUGGGGAUUUUUAUGUGUCAGGGAUGCAGGACGCAGGGUAACAAAAUCACUUAGAGUCUUUUUGGGGUAUUCCAAACAAUCUGAAGAUUUGUGGUGGUGCCUGGGUAUGUUAACUUUAAAUGGUAUGAUGAAGAAAUACUUCAUGCAGUUUCUAAUGUUACUCAAUUUCUUGUUUACAGCAGCUAGACUGUUUUAUGAUUUAAUGCCUUCUAGAAAUUGUAAUAAGGCUCAGAAAUUUGGCAUGGGAUUUUUGGGGGGUAAAUUUUUGGUCCAGGGAUUUUUGUGGGUUUUGUUGAAAGCCCUAGGGAUGUUAUGAACUUUGAUUUUUGUCCCCAUUCAAUCAUCGUAGUCACUUGAAAUCUGAAGUACUGCGUAAUAUUCAAGGAUAGGUCAUACUAAAGUUUAUGUACAAAAUAGAAAAUGCUUCUCGAUUUGUAGGUCCAUGCAUUCUGUAAACAAUGCCUCAAAUUGUAUUAUCCUUGUUUACAGGAGGACCAACUUGAGCUCCCCUCAACAGAUCAUAGGAAAUCAAAACUCCUAUCACCCAACAUGUCAUGGAGAACUUUCAAAACGUCACUUUUGUACACAUAAGUAAUGAAAUACUGAGGAAAUUGAACUCAAAAAACAUGUGUACUGCUUUUGUUAUACACAUUCCCAAAACAUUGAGACUCAACUGGGGUAGAAACAUUGCCCACUGAAAUUUCCAGUAACUUUUCCCUUUCAUUGACCUCGUUUUACUAAUGUGUGCUCAUGUGCCAAUUUGUUUUUCUGCGAUGCCCAUUGACAGGUAUGCAAAAACAGCAAAUUGUUUUAUCCUUACUCAAAACACACUGUGUUCUCUUUUUUUUUCCUGUUUAGAGCAUUGAGGGUGAAAUGCUUGCAAAAGUAGUGGUACAGAUUGCACGAGUUAAUCAAGUUCAGCUAAACAAGCAGCAAACAGAGGAGAAGCAAAGUAAAAUAGCAGAGGAAAAGUGCAAGCAAAAUAUGGAGUCUCAUAUUGAGAAAAAGGAAGCUCAAAUUCAAGCACUAAUUGAUCGGCUUCAUGCCAAGGAUAACCAUAUCAGAGAAGUGCAAGCCAAGUUACGGGAGAUAAGUGUCUCACAUGCUAAGAAGUUGGAGGAGAAGAUUCAACACAAGGAAGCUGUGACCAAAGAGAAGCUUGAACUACUUCGUAAGGUUCAGACAGAACAAUGGCAGGCUCAUGAAAAGCGUAUUCAAGAGGUCUUGGCCUCUUUGCAAGAGAUCAUUGAGAAGAAUUCCAAGAAAGCUGAAGAAAAUUUACAGGAAAGGAUGGAAAGAACAGAAGAAAAGCGCCAGGCACAGAUCCGCGCACUUCAGGAGCGAUUGCGGCUCAAGUCAUCCAAGAUAGAGCAAGCACGACAGUUUAUGGAUAAACUUGUGGAGGAAACAAAGAAGAGUUAUGAAGAAAAACUCAAACAGAGGCAGGAACAAAUGGAGGAGAAGCGGAAUGCAGAAUUGAGGAAAAUACAACAGAAGGCAGAGGCCCAUGACAAACAUGUUGAAGAGGUGUGUCAAAAAGUGAAGACAAGAAAAGCGGAAAAUACUCAGUGAUGAGAAAAACAUGUGGCAGGAACAAGUAACACAAUAGCAUAUUUUCCUUCCUAUUAAGUACAGUGUACUUUGUACAAUUUUCCUGUCCAUGAACAUUCACUGGACAAAACCAUGACAACAUGUUUGGCCAAAAAUACUAACCUUAUGUGUCUCAUUUAUAUUUAAGGAAUAAGUGAAACAUUUGUUGCGUUAAACUAUUGUACAGGUGAAGUAUUACUGUUUUCAAAAUAAUUAUUAUUGUUUGAAUUGAGCAAUGUUUGGUGCAUGUUGAAAUAACUGAGUUCUUUAAACACAUGAUUGACUUUGUUCAGGUUGUGGACGGG